GAGUUGUAGCCUAUACUUGCCCUGUUCUCUCCUCCUUUCAAUGUAAGAUGGUGGUUUGUAGAGUAGGUAGGUAGCCAGCACCUCUAUAAGCUGAGAGAAAAGGCCGGUUGUCUCCUUAAGACAACUGCUACUAAGUUCCUUUGACGGAAGCUUGCUGUAACGGAGUUACUGUCGCAUACAGGCAUACUUCUCUCUCCACAUCCUGGAGAGGAAUCUCCAAAAAUACAUAGGCAGGCUCCUCCUGUUCCUGUCCUGUGAAAGCUGUCCAGUCCAGUAGUGCUUAAUCGUAGGAUGUCCCGGAAACCCGAGGGGAAAGAAGAAACGAUGGAGUGCCCGCUGUGUAUGGAACCGCUGGAGAUCGAUGACGUCAACUUCUUCCCCUGCACCUGUGGUUACCAGAUCUGUCGCUUCUGCUGGCAUCGAAUCAGGACGGACGAGAACGGUCUUUGUCCUGCCUGCAGAAAGCCGUACCCAGAAGACCCCGCAGUGUACAAGCCGCUGUCACAGGAGGAGCUCCAGAGGAUAAAGAAUGAGAAGAAGCAGAAGCAGACUGAGAAGAAGCAGAAGAUCACAGAGAACCGAAAGCAUCUGGCCAGCGUCCGAGUGGUCCAGAGAAACCUGGUGUUUGUAGUAGGGCUGUCUCAGAGGCUGGCUGACCCUGAGGUUCUAAAGAGGCCAGAAUAUUUUGGGAAAUUUGGGAAGAUUCACAAGGUGGUGAUCAACAACAGCACAUCAUACGCUGGCUCACAGGGGCCCAGUGCCAGUGCCUAUGUCACAUAUCUUCGUUCUGAAGACGCCCUCAGAGCAAUCCAGUGUGUCAACAAUGUAGUGGUCGAUGGCAGAACACUUAAGGCCUCUUUAGGAACAACAAAAUACUGCAGUUACUUUUUAAAGAGCAUGCAGUGCCCCAAACCAGACUGCAUGUAUCUACACGAGUUGGGGGAUGAAGCUGCCAGUUUCACGAAAGAGGAGAUGCAGGCAGGAAAGCAUCAGGAAUAUGAGCAGAAACUACUACAAGACCUCUCCAAAACAAACCCGACCUUCCUGCCGACCUCAGCUGCGUCAGGGGACAAGCCAAAGGGCAAAGCCAACUCUUUACAGAGGUCUAACAGCUCCAGUAAAGAUGGGAGGAUGACCAACGGUCUGUCAUCAGACCACAGGAGGAGUCCGCCAUUAGAUGGCUCAGACUCUGAACACUUGAGCCCUGAGGGGCCCGAACCUGACCUCAGCCUUGACCCUGUACCGGCACUCUCCCCUUUCUCCUCACACCGCGACCUCGCUAGCCCCAGCAACAAACUGACAGACAUCAUCAGUAUAGGCAACGGCGAAACCUCACAACUGCUCAAUGGCAGUGACUCUCCAUCGCCCCCUCCUGGCCUCAGUAAACCCAGCCUGGUGGUCCCCAUCAGUGUCACAGGCCACACACCUCGCUCCCCAUUCGAGGCGGCUGCUGCAGAGUCCCAGUCCCUGUUCUCAGACAACAGUAACUUCAGGCAUCCUAACCCGCUCCCCAGUGGACUGAGUGGCUUCCCCAGCUUCCCACACAGCAACACUGACUGGCCCACUGCACCAGAGCCACAGAGCCUCUUCACCUCAGAUACCAUGCCGGUGUCGUCUUCCACUGACUGGCAGGCGGCGUUUGGCUUCGGCUCGUCCAAACAACAGCAGGAGGACGACUUGGGUUUUGACCCCUUCGACAUCACUCGCAGGGCUCUGGCUGACCUCAUAGAGAAGGAGCUCUCUGUCGAAGACAGCUUUAGCUCCUCCCUGUCUCCCAGCUCCUUCUCCCACAGAACACACAGACCCCUACUAAACAGAAGCCUCGGGCCCCCGGGAGGACUCCCUCUCCCCAACCACCUCCCACCCCCUCACCACUUCUCCCAUCAUCAGCACCCUCACAGGGGAGACUAUAGCCCCUUCAGCUUCCCAACUCACCCUUCAUCAUCAUCUUCAUCCUCAUGCUCCUCCGCCUCCUCUGCAUCUUGUGGAUCCUGGAUGGACUCCACUUCCUCGCGCAAUAACUUUGUGCCUUUGAACCACACAGUCAGUCUAAACACCUCCACUUCACAGAGCAGCUUCUUGGACUUGACUGUGCUGCCAGGACAUCACAGUACUGGACUUGGAGGAAUCCCCAUCACAGAAAACAGCAGCUGUGGAGAGAGCAUACAUGUGAAACAGUGGCAGGACGGCCUCCGAGCGCUGUUACCCAACAUCAACAUCAACUUUGGAGGACUGUCCAAUUCCUCAUCUUCAUUAUCGUCAUCCUCCUCCUCAUCCAGCGUCAACCACACAGGGGCACCAGGGGUUUCUGGGAGUGUUUCUCACAGCCUCUGCUGGAAUAACAGAGCCAGAUGGAUGGACCCAGCCAUCAUCACAGGACUCCCAACUGGCAACAGCGUAGACUCUCUUCACGACGACAAUCCCCCACACUGGCUUAAGUCCUUGCAGACGCUCACAGAAAUGGAUGCCCCGCCCAGCCCCGCCUCACAAAACGGCUCCUUUGCGAGCCAGCCGCCCCCACACAGAGCCGGCUGGGCACAAUUCCCGGCCCCCACCAGCCAGUUCCAAUCGCCACCACCCGGCUUCCAGACAGCCUUCAGACCCCCAACUCAGACCCAGGCAGACCUGCUACAGGCCGAAAUCGACCGCCACUAGGGACUGUCGAUACACGCACACGUGAUACAAAUCACCAACUUGAACCCAUCGAGUCAGCAGAUACAGAGUACAAAAGUAGUAACAACUAAUAAGAUAAGAUAAUAUUUGAAUUUCUUCCGCCACCAGAUCUCCUGAGCUUGUGUGUUUCUUGGCUUGGUUUCUGAUUGGUUGUUGGAGUUGGUCGCAAGCUACCCCUGCCACACCUAAUGCAUCAUGAUCACAAAGUACUGCUGCGAUAGAACCAUAGUCGCUCUGGUAGAGCAACAAUCAGAAGCCAUUUCCUGAAUCAAAAAAAAAAAAAAAGUAUUUGUAAUCACAUGAUCAAUUACAUCAUGUUGAGAAAGUGUGUUUGAGAGAUGCUUUGAAAUAAAACCUGCUGACUUAUGUGAUGAUUUAAAACACGAUUUGAACAUG